AUGGACUACGAAAACGACCCCGGCUGGGUCUAUCUCCGGCAAUCUCAAGAACAGCUGCUAGCAGCUACCACAAAAAAAUUUGAUUCUAAGAAAAAUGUUUGGAUAUCGGAUCCCGAAGAAGGUUUUGUUGCUGCGGAAGUUAAGAGUACUAAAGGUGAUACGGUGGUGGUCGUUACCAGCAAAGGAGCUGAGAAGACAUUAAAAAAAGAUGACACUCAACAAAUGAAUCCACCAAAAUUUGAAAAAACUGAAGAUAUGGCAAACCUGACAUUCCUAAACGAUGCUUCUGUUCUGCAUAACCUUCGUCAACGAUAUUUUUCAAUGAUGAUCUAUACAUAUUCGGGACUGUUUUGUGUGGUUAUCAAUCCAUAUAAACGUUUACCAAUUUAUACAGAAAGUGUUUGUAAAAUGUACAUUGGAAAACGUCGUAAUGAAAUGCCACCGCAUUUAUUUGCAAUAUCCGAUGAAGCCUAUAGAAAUAUGAUUAACGAUCGUAUGAACCAAUCGAUGUUGAUUACCGGUGAAUCAGGUGCCGGAAAAACGGAAAAUACUAAAAAAGUUAUUUCUUACUUUGCAACAGAUCAAAUUGUUCAAACAAAUCCUGUAUUGGAAGCAUUUGGUAAUGCAAAAACUGUUCGGAAUAAUAAUUCAUCGCGAUUUGGCAAAUUUAUUCGUAUACAUUUCAAUACUGUUGGAAAAUUGGCUGGUGCCGAUAUCGAACACUAUUUACUGGAAAAAUCUCGUGUUAUUAAACAAGCACCUGGCGAACGAUCCUAUCACAUUUUUUAUCAAAUUAUGUCUGGAAAAAUUGCUGGGCUUAGAGAAAAACUAUUUUUGUCCAAAGAUAUUCGAAAGUACUGUUUUGUAUCGCAGGCGGAAAUAACCAUCGAUGGUGUCGACGACAAGGAAGAAAUGCAAAUAACGGACGAAUCAUUUGACAUAAUGCACUUUGCUGAAGAAGAAAAAAUGGAUUUGUUCAAACUUGUUGCCGGUAUAAUGCAUAUGGGUGAAAUGAAAUUUAAGCAGCGGCCACGAGAGGAACAAGCCGAAUGCGAAGACCAAUCCGAAGGCGAUUUGGCAUGUAAACUAUGGGCUGUUGAUAAUGACAAAUUUGUUAGUGCACUGUUGAAACCAAGAGUCAAAGUUGGCAGUGAAUGGGUUAACAAAGGACAAAAUUUGAAUCAGGUGAACUGGGCAGUUGGAGCGCUUGCAAAAGCUUUAUUCGCACGAAUGUUUACAUGGUUAAUCAAACGGUGUAACAAAACAUUAGAUGCUCAAGCCUUGACCCGCGACUAUUUCAUUGGUGUUUUGGACAUUGCUGGUUUUGAAAUUUUUGACCAUAAUUCAUUUGAACAACUGUGGAUAAAUUUUGUGAACGAAAAGCUGCAACAGUUUUUCAACCACCAUAUGUUUGUGCUUGAACAAGAGGAGUAUCAAAGCGAAGGCAUAAAAUGGGAAUUUAUUGAUUUUGGUCUUGAUCUGCAAGCAUGUAUUGAACUUAUCGAGAAGCCUUUGGGAAUUAUCUCAAUGCUUGAUGAAGAAUGUAUUGUACCCAAAGCCACCGAUAUAACCUUGGCUCAAAAAUUGAACGAUCAGCAUCUGGGCAAACAUCCAAAUUUCCAAAAACCAAAACCACCAAAAGGAAAACAGGCAGAAGCACAUUUGGCAAUUGUACAUUAUGCCGGCACUGUUAGAUAUAAUGUAAAAGGUUGGCUUGAGAAGAACAAGGAUCCACUGAAUGAUACAGCUGUUUCUGUUCUGAAGGCAAAUACUGGCAUGAAACUUAUGUCUGAAAUUUGGGCAGACUAUAAGACUCAGGAAGAUGUUGCUGCAUUGGUUAAAGAAGGCAAGUCAGCUGGGAAAAAGAAGGGAAAAUCGUCAUCAUUUCUUACUGUAUCAAUGAUGUACAGAGAAUCUCUCAAUAAACUGAUGACAAUGCUUUACCAAACUCACCCUCAUUUUAUACGUUGUAUCAUUCCAAAUGAGCAAAAAAAAUCUGGCGUUAUUGAGGCCAAUCUCGUGUUGAAUCAAUUGACAUGUAACGGUGUAUUAGAAGGCAUACGUAUCUGUCGUAAAGGUUUUCCCAACAGAGUGGCAUACAUUGACUUUAAACAACGUUAUUCGGUACUUGCGGCUGAUGCUGCCAAGUCCGGAAAGGAUGUAGUGGAUGCAAGUCAAAAGAUUCUCGAAGAACUUUUAAAACGAAACCUGCUGAAACCUGAAGAAUUCCAAUCUGGAAAAUCAAAAGUAUUCUUCAAAGCUGGUGUGCUUGCGAGAAUGGAAGAGUUAAGAGAUGAAGCUUUGUCAGUAAUUAUCACCAAAUUUCAAAGCGCUUGCCGAUAUUACUAUGCUCAGUACGAUAAACGAAAACGUUUACAACAGCGUGCUGGUCUUCUAAUUCUCCAGAGAAAUAUCCGAGCAUGGUGCAAUUUGCGAAACUGGCACUGGUUUAGACUCUACAGUCGUGUCAAACCUCUGAUCAAGGGUAAUAAAAAGGAUGAAGAGUUUGAGGAAUUGGAGAAAAAAUAUAAAGAACUUUUGGAGAACUUCAGUCGAGAGGAGAAACUUAGGAAAGAAGCGUCUAGCACUGUGGAACGGCUGAACGCUGAGCGUCAAGCAUUAUUGCUACAACUGGAACAGGAAAGGGAUGUCACUGCAGAAGGCGAAGAACGUGCAGCUAAAAUUCUUGCUCAGAAAGCCGACAUUGAAAGACAGUUAGCAGACAUGAAUGACCAACUAGCUGAUCAGGAAGACAAGAAUGCUAGUCUUCAAAAAAUGAGAAAAAAGCUGGAGUCAGACGUCGAUCUGUUUAAGAAAACAGUUGCUGAACUUGAAACGACCGUAAAGAAACAAGAAUCUGAAAAAGCAAAUAAAGAUCUCCAAAUUCGCUCACUUCAAGAAGAAAUUGCUUCACAAGAUGAAAUGAUUUCAAAAGUAAAUAAGGAGAAGAAACAUCAAGAAGAGGUCAAUCGUAAGCUGCUUGAUGACGUUCAAGCAGAAGAGGAUAAAGUAAAUCACAUGAAUAAAGUCAAAAUAAAACUUGAGCAAACUUUGGACGACCUAGAAGAUGGAUUGGAACGGGAAAGGAGGGGAAGACAAGAUGUUGAAAAAGCAAAGAGGAAAGCGGAAGGGGAACUCAAAAUUGCUCAGGAAACCAUUGAGGAACUUACGAGGCAAAAGCACGACAGCGAAAACGCUUUGAAAAAGAAAGACGCGGAGCUUCACUCUUUAACUGGUCGCGUUGAGGACGAACAGUCAUUGGUUGCAAAACUUCAAAGGCAAAUAAAAGAAUUACUCGCUCGGAUACAGGAAUUAGAAGAAACUUUGGAAGCAGAGCGGCAGGCGCGGCAUAAGGCAGAAAAGGCGAGAAAUGAAAUGCAGAAUGAAUUAGAAGAACUUGGUGAUCGCCUUGAUGAAGCCGGUGGCGCGACUCAAGCUCAAAUGGAGGUGAACAAAAAACGAGAAGCAGAAUUGACGAAGCUACGACGUGAUCUUGAAGAAGCAGCACUGAAUUCAGAAACUGCUUUGGCAGCAAUGCGUAAGAAGCACAAUGAUGCUGUUACAGAACUUUCUGAUCAACUGGAUGCACUACAGAAGGCCCGAGCCAAAGUUGAAAAAGACAAAUCGCAGAUGCAACGCGAAACAGAAGAUCUUCAUGCUCAACUCGACUCCGAAAUAAAACAAAGGCAAAAUGCCGAUCGCUUGGCGAAACAACUAGAAUCUCAGCUUACUGAGCUGCAACUAAAAGGUGACGAACAUGCCCGACAAGUGCAAGAAAUGCUGACAGUGAAGAACAAACUGCAAAGCGAAAAUGCUGACUUGAAUAAACAACUGGAAGAUUCAGAAGGUCAGCUAGCGGCAUUAAAUCGUAUCAAACAGCAGUUGACAUCUCAAAUAGAAGAACUGAGACGACAGCUUGAACAAGAAACACGUGAACGACAUUCACUUUCUUCGCAGGCUGCCAACUAUCAAAUGGAAUGUCAGCAACUACGUGAUGCUCUUGAAGAAGAACAGGAUGGUAAGACCGAAUUACAAAGGUUGGUCUCAAAAGCUAAUGCUGAAGCACAACAGUGGCGUGCUCGAUAUGAAGGUGAAGGAAUGAGUCGUGCUGAGGAGUUGGAGGAUGCCAAGAGAAAAUUGCAAUCUAAAGUACAAGAAAUGCAUGAGCAGCUAGAAACUGCAAACAGCCGAGUAAGCUCGCUUGAUAAAGCUCGACUACGUUUAUCACAGGAACUGGAGGAUGCUCAGAUUGAAGCUGACAGGGCAAACAGUUUAGCCAAUUCGUUGGAGAAGAAACAAAAAGGAUUUGACAAGGUUGUCGAAGAAUGGAAACGAAAAUGUGAUGCUUUGGUAAUGGAAUUAGAAGCAAGCCAAAGAGAAACAAGAAAUGCUGCAACUGAAGCAUUCCGACUUCGAAACAGUCUUGACGAGGCCGCUGAACAACUUGAUGCGGCUAGACGAGAAAACAAGGUGCUGGCUCAGGAGCUGAAAGACAUGACUGAUCAGCUAGGAGAAGGCGGUAAAAGCGUUCAUGAGCUGCAGAAGUUGCGAAGAAGACUGGAAAUGGAAAAAGAUGAGCUUCAGCAAGCACUUGAUGAUGCUGAAGCGGCUCUGGAAGCAGAAGAAAGCAAAGUUUUGAGAGCGCAAGUUGAAAUUUCACAAAUUCGAUCUGAAAUUGAGAAACGCAUCAGUGAAAAAGAGGAGGAGUUUGAAAAUACGAGAAAGAAUCAUCAGCGUACCCUUGAAAGCAUGCAGGCGAGUUUAGAAACUGAAUCACGUGGACGAGCUGAACUGAUGAGGAUGAAAAAGAAGCUGGAAUCGGACAUUAAUGAAUUAGAAAUUGCGCUGGAUCACGCAAGUAAAGCCAAUGUUGAUGCACAAAAGAAUAUCAAACGGCAUCAAGAUACCAUUCGUGAGCUUCAGACACAAAUGGAGGAAGAACAAAGACAACGUGAAGAGUUACGGGACCAAUUAAAUACAGUUGAACGGCGCGCGCAAAUUCUACAGUCUGAAAAAGAAGAUUUGGUCAUUGGAAUUGAACAGGCGGAGCGACUUCGUCGUCAGGCUGAACUUGAGUCUGCAGACGCUAAAGAAACUGCAAAUGCAUUGACAGCUAAUAACGGAGCUUUAUCGUCAGCAAAACGCAAGGCUGAAACUGAACUUCAACAACUUCACAGCGAAUUUGAUGAGGUUCUCUCAGAGUUGAAAAAUACAGAUGACCGAUGUAAAAAGGCGAUGAUGGACGCUGGAAAACUGGCUGAGGAACUACGUGCUGAGCAGGAACAUGCACAAAACUUAGAAAGGCAGAGGAGGGCGUAUGAACAGCAAAUUAAAGAAAUGCAGACUCGUAUGGACGAAGCUGAAGCAGGUGCUAUGAAGGGAGGUAAACGUAUGUUAGCUAAGUUGGACCAAAGGGUACGGGAAUUGGAAUUUGAACUUGCUGAGGAAAAUAGGAAGCACUCUGAAACACAGAAACAGAUGAGAAACAAGGAUCGUCGUGUACGAGAAUUACAGUUCCAAGUGGACGAAGACAAAAAGUCUAUGGAACGAACAUAUGAUCUUGUUGAGAAGCUGCAAGCAAAAAUUAAGACAUAUAAACGUCAAGUUGAGGAAGCAGAACAACUGGCUACGCAAAAUCUGAGCAAAUACAAGCAACUACAACAUAUGCUGGAAGACGCUGAAGAACGAGCCGACAUUGCAGAAAAUUCAUUAGCAAAAAUGAGGGCUAAGUCUCGAUCUGGCGUCGGGUUUGGAUCCAAUGCGAGAAUGGCUCGUUCUGUAGGUUCUGCUGCAAAAGCAGCGUUUAAAUUCUUGGCAUCAAACACCGGUUCUGCUAUUCGCUCAGUUUCAGUAACCAGAAACGAAAAUGUUGAAGUCGAAUGA